GGGGGGUGUCCGAUGUUAAAUUGGGAAUUGAGUUCAAGGGGGUUGAAGGUGAGUACUGUGUCUGUGACAUCAACAUCAUCAAUAUUUAUCCAUGGGUGCAGCAAUUCAUUAAGAUAAUUUGUUUGCUUAUGUAAUUUUUGUGACUAGUAAACAUCCCAUUUAAUGCACACAACCAAUUGCCCCGGAAAUGAGCAAUAUAUCCAUAUGUAGGAAAGUUGAUCUUUCAUGUCCCCCAUCGUCAAAAUAGAGUAUAUGCCUGCAGUGUUCUCAAGGAACCCAGAGAGAGAGAGAGAGAGAGAGAGAGAGAGGUUCAAUGGAUGAGUACAGUGAAAAUGAAGAAGCAAGAAGGAAUGGUGUCCAAAGCAAGGAGAUGGAGGAGAGGACUAAGGUUGGUCUCAUGAGAGCUUUGGUUGAAGCAAAGGAGCCCUCUUCCCAGAAGGUGGAUGAUGAGAUGUUGAGGAGGUUUCUUAGGGCUCGGGAAAUGGACAUAGAGAAGGCAUCAGCACUUUUCCUCAAGUACAUCAAGUGGAGAAGGAGCUUCGUCCCAAAUGGAUCCAUUUCAGAAUCCCAAAUCCCAAACCAACUGUCUCAAAACAAGAUGUUCCUCCAAGGAUCUGACAAGAAAGGCAGACCCAUCACUGUUAUCUUUGGCGCCAGGCAUUUCCCCUCUGCUCUUGAUGAGUUCAAGCGCUUUGUAGUGUAUGCUCUGGACAUAAUAUGUAUGAGGAUGCCAGAGGGACAGGAGAAAUUUGUGGGCAUAGGAGAUCUUGAGGGAUGGGGGUAUGCAAACAGCGACAUCCGGGGCUACAUUGGAUCUCUCAGCAUACUGCAGGACUACUACCCUGAAAGACUUGGGAAAUUAUUCAUUGUGCACGCACCUUUCUUAUUCAUGACAGCCUGGAAAGUUGUAUACCCAUUUAUUGACAUCAAAACCAGGUCCAAAGUAAGAUUCUGGGUCUUAAUUACGUUUUUAUUUUCUUUUCUUUCUCUAGUAGUCACCAGUGUACUUUUUCAUUGUGACUUCCAUUUCAUGUACACCUCUGUUACAUACAUGGGCGCACAAUGUAUGCACCACAAUGUGCAUAUGCUAUCCAAGGAUAUAUAUAAACAGGCUGUGAUUGCAUUGAUAAGGAUGGCAUAAUGACUAAAUAUUAUUUUCACAUGUAUGUCUGCUGCAUACGUGUACUCACAGAUAGUAUUUGUGGACAACGAAAGGCUGAAAUCAACUCUGCUCCAAGAAAUUGAUGAGAGCCAGCUACCAGAAGUGUAUGGAGGCAAACUCCCAUUGGUUCCAAUCCAAGACAGCAAACCUACUAGCAUCUAGAGAGAGAGAGGGAGCACCCUCUCUUAUCACAAGCACCUGAUGGAGCAAUGCUACGAGUUCUUUGUUUUUGUUUUAUGGUGUUGUUUGGCAGUGUAUGAUGUUUUGGAUUUUCUAAUAGCUAUUUUUCUUUUUCGUUGUUGAAUGUGUAUUCGAUACUAGCCAACCACAUGCUCUAGCAAUUAAAAUGCCCCUAUGGUGUUUGACUCA